AUGAUUCAAUCUGCAGAUCUUAUAGCGCCGCAUACAUGGUUUCCCUUGCUCGGGCAUGAAGCGAAGAUUAUUUAUCACCGUGGCCCAACGAAUAGUGGCAAGACUUACAAUGCUUUGCAGCGUUAUAUGGAAGCAAAGAAGGGAAUUUAUUGCAGUCCACUUAGGCUUUUAGCUAUGGAAGUUUUCGACAAAGUGAAUGCACAGGGAGUUUACUGUAGCCUCCUCACGGGGCAAGAAAAGAAAUUUGUCCCCUUCUCGAAUCACGUUGCCUGUACUGUGGAAAUGAUGUCAACCGAGGAUUAUGAUGUAGCUGUGAUUGAUGAAAUCCAGAUGAUGUCGGACCCAUAUAGAUGUUAUGCAUGGACAAGCUCAUUGCUCGGAUUGAUAUCUGAUGAGAUACAUUUGUGUGGGGAUCCAACUGUUCUCAAUAUUGUUAGAAAAAUCUGUUCAGAGACCGGAGAUGAGUUGCAUGAACAUCAUUAUGACAGGUUCAAACCGUUAGUGGUUGAAGCCAAGACACUGUUGGGAGAUCUUAAAAAUGUUCGAUCAGGUGACUGCGUUGUUGCCUUCUCUAGGAGAGAGAUAUUUGAGGUGAAAAUGGCUAUUGAGAAACACACAAGCCAUCGCUGCUGUGUUAUUUAUGGUGCCUUGCCACCCAAGACUCGCAGUGAUUCUGUGGGAAUGGGAUUGAAUCUCAAUAUUCGGAGAGUUGUCUUCUACAGUCUUUCAAAGUACAAUGGUUACAAGAUUGUUGCAGUUCCGGCAUCACAGGUUAAGCAAAUUGCAGGAAGAGCUGGUCGUAGAGGAAGCCGUUAUCCAGACGGACUCACAACAACCUUGCAUUUAGAGGAUCUGGAUUAUCUAAUCAAUUGUUUGGUGAAAAUUGCCGUUUGGAUGGCUCGUACUUUUUGUGCCGACAUGAUCAUAUUAAGAAGGUCGCGAAUAUGUUGGAAAAGGUCCAGGGAUUAUCGUUGGAAGACCGGUUCAACUUUUGUUUUGCUCCGGUCAAUAUUAGAGACCCGAAAGCAAUGUACUAUCUCUUUAGGUUUGCUUCAGCUUACAAUAAGAAUGUCCCGGUUAGCAUUGCGAUGGGAUUGCCUAAAGGGAGGAAACCUUUCCUUAUUAGAAGAAAUAGCCGUCAGUGUUGCCGAAUUAUUGGGUAACUCUCUCGUCAAUGCAUGCUGGAAACCGGAAUCUAGACUGAGGGAAACCUAA